AUGAUUUAUUAUGUUUGCAAUCCACUCACUAAGAAAUGGGUUUCGCUUCCUCCACCACCACCACCAAGAGAAAGAAAUUGGGUUGUGACUGGUUUCCAUUGUGACGAUCGUUCUUCAUCAUCAGUCAUUUCUACUAGUUACCAGGUUUUUCGUAUACCCAAGUUUGAACCAGCAAAACAGUUUAAAGUUGAAAUUUUUUCUUCUGAUUCGGGUGAAUGGAACACCCAUCAAGUUUCAAGUCCUAAAGACAUUACUUGGGAUUACUCCAGUUAUAACAAUGUCAUUACCCAUAAUGGUGUUUUGUAUUGGAUCCAAACGCAAAACAGGGUUCUAGCUUACAAUUUCAGAAACAGCAGCAAUGGUGACUCUUGUGGUAAUCAGUGUAGAUUGAUUGACUUGCCUGAUGUGGAGUCAACAGAGAAUGAACCAGAUCAUGGUGAUUUUUACUAUAGCAGACAGUGUCUUGGGGUGUCGGAAGGGAUGAACUGUUACGGUAGAAUUACGAGAAUGGACAUGACUUUAAGUAUUUGGGUGCUCGACGAGGAAUGGAAAUUGUUACACAAAGGUGAAGUACCUCAUGACAUGUUAGCAGAAAUCGAGUCUCGGUUGACUGGUGGAUAUAGCUCUGAUACUAUUACACAAAUCCAGUUUUUAGGUUUCAACCCAGUCGACCAAAAUGUGGUUGUACUUGGUCCCAAGAAUAACAUUUGGUCUUACAAUAUCAGAACUCAGGGGUAUCAACAGCUCUGUCAUCCUUCUUUUUUGGCUACCUAUCGUUCCUCCCGUAAUCAGAUGUGGCAUACUUUCGCGUUUUCCCUGAAGCCUUGGCCAACAAUACUUCCACCAGCCUCCUGGAGAUAG